AUGAUAUCAGUGAAACGUCCGAGUGUUUCAAGCCACCCAAGUGCUCAUCAUCACCAUCACCAUCAUCAACCGCAUCAACACCAGCACCACAAACAGCACCAUCAGCUGCACAGUCUCCAGAACGGUGCAUCCAGUGCCAGUUCGGUUACCUCGGCACCGUUGGUAGCCACGACUUCGGCCAACAACAAUCGUAUCAUUCGAAGCCGAAAUCAAUUAUCCACUGCUGGCGAGCACGAGCAGCACCAAGAGGCCAAGCAUCUGCACCCGGGCCAUUGGAAUCCUCAAAGCGGGAGCUUUGUAUCCAAUGGUGGGACAGGCGUAGGACCGUUCGGUGGCGUUGGUGGUGGUGGUGGUGCACAGGUGAAUCGUCCCACCGGAGCGGCCUCGUGGACCGGAACGGGAAGUGGAUGUUCGAUCAUAACGAACGGCGGGAGUCUCUACUAUAGCAAUAGCAACGGUGGCUACGGUGUAAGCACAGCUAGCGUAAACCCCAAGAUACGAGACAUUUACGAGUUCGACAGUUUGUUCUUGCUGCCAGCCUGUGCCUUAACGUCGGACAAGGCGCUAAAUCUGCGCAAGGAUCUUGCCGCGUACGAUUUCGACAUUAAAAUCCUGGAGGACAGUCCACGGGGAUCUCAUAACGUUUGGCAAUCUGGAAACAGAGAUGCAACCGUACAAAAACAAUCAAGGCCGGCUUCAGCCAAUAGAGACCGUCUGCAUGAACAAUCUGUUGCGCAUACCCUUCACUGGUUUGCUUGCGUCGGUGAUGAUAGUGUCGAUAACGGUAGAAACCCAGAAGAAUUACAAAAGGAACGCGAGGAACGAAUAAAACAGAUGAAGGAACGACAGAACGAGGAACGCCAAAAGAAGCUCGAGGAGCUGAAGGCACAAGCACUAGCGGCACAAAAGUUCCGCGAGCAGAAGGAGGAAGAACGGCGCCGCCGGAUGGAUGACUUGCGGAGGCGGGAAAGCGACCGAAGGUCACAGGUCGAGGAGCGUCGCCGCGCCAUAAUCGAGGCCGAUAACGAGCGGCGGGAGUACAUUCUGCGCAAGAAUCAGGAACGCGAACAGCGCAUGGAGACGAAACGGCGAAAUGAUCGAGGUUCGAUCCAGUUCGCCUUUGGAUCGUCGACGCCACGAAUGAUCGAUACCAGUGACAGUGGCAUGUGCAGCUCGUUCUGGGCUCAUAGGAGAGCCACAUCCAUUACGAACGUAGCAUAUACAGGGGCGGCAUUAACGAGGCGUAGUUCCGAGCGUGAACUAACCGACAGUGCGUCGAAGAAACGAGCUACCUCCGCCAGUGGUCUCGACCGAUCGACCGACGACCAACGGCGAAUGUCCAGCUCGAUGUACGAAGUGUUCAACUGGACGAGUACCAGCGAGUGUCCGAGAAAGCUAACGUUCUCGCUGGCUGGUUCCGGCAUCAACAUCGACGAUCCUCCAACGGCCGCCGAAUAUCAGCCGGCAGCUCCGCGUAAUUAUGCUAGCGGAAAGGACGAUACAGCAGAAAUGAACUAUCAGCGCACUGUCAAUCGUCGAAAGACUGACUUAAUGCCUACCAUUCCUAGUCCUCGUGAUAGCUCUAGAUCGUCUCUCGGUACACACACUCCCAGAACACCAGGCCGAGCAUUUUCGAUGACGCGUUUGGAUCAGCUGGCGCAACCAAGACGGCGCAAUGGUGAGCACAUCAGCGCGAUUCUGGAGCGCGAGCGACGUCAAGCCCUGGAGUUGGAGAACCUGACCCGUCUAUCACUCUCCUCGUCCCGGUCAUCUCCAACCGGCAGUGGUGGCAACAGUAAGCGAAUGUCGCGCAGCAUGUCCCAGCUGGCCGGCAGCGGGGCUAAGUAUCGCAAUCAAUCGCAGGACUCUAAUUCUGGCCGCAGUCCCGGUUUUGGCGGUGGGCGCAAAUCAUCCUUCAAUUCGUCAUCGAUGAACAGUGGCAGCACUUCGCCCAUGCGUCGCAACGAUACCUCCAAGAGUAUGUCCCAGCUGAACACAGUUGGCAGCACACCCCGUAUUACCAAAACUGAACGUCUACGGCAGCAGUACCACCAUCAGCAACAGCAGCAGCUUCAGAAUCAGCUUCUGGUGACGAACGGUCUCCGUUCCGGUGAAAUGACUCCCACCAGUCUGAACACUUCGCGGCCCGGCAGUGCAAUGUCCAGCUCGACGACCGCGUCCGGUAUCGUGUAUCGACGAACCCUGCCAGCACAACGUAAACCACGACCGGCUAGUAUCGCCGUUACGGGCGUAACUGCCUCUGGUUUGAAGGAAGAUAAACCUCCACUCCCAAAGACAGGAUCCGGUGCUUCGACCGGAAGCGGUGUAACGAGCGCGAGCAGCAAACAUCGAUUGUCGAGUGCUGGAUCUGGUAGCAUUCACACGACCCCCGCAAAAUCAUCCUCUGGCAUGGAUACGCCAACGAAAAAGCCGGUGACACUACACUCGGCGGAAAAACGAUCCACAAGUGUCAGGGGCACCACACCGAAAGCUUCUUCUACGCCCUUACAAUCUCCUGGCCCGGAAAAGGCAUCCCGCAGCUUGCAAGAUUCGUUGAAGAAGGCGGCAGACGUCAGUAAGAAAGUUCCAGCUACCAAUGAAAAACCUAUGGCGAAGGCCCCGGUUCCAAAGGACGAUGCAGUUGUGGUGGAAGCAAAACAGGAAGCACCAAUUGUUGCCCCCAUGCAGGAAGAACAAAGCGUCGAGCCUGAAAAGGUUGCGCCACAAGUUGAAAAUACACCGCAAACAUCACUGGUAGAGGUGGAUCAAUCAUUCGGACAAGUAGAACAACCUCAGCAGCAACAGGAGGAAGUGGUAGUUGCGGUGCAACAAGAAGCCCCGUCCCCGGCACAGACAGUGAGCGUUGAACAGUCGCAGCAAGCAGAUUCUGUCUCCGUCGAGACAGAACCAACGCCAAUAAUUGAGCAGGCCGAAAUGGAACAACAAGAAAUCAGUGUUGUUAAAUCGGAAACCACAAUGAUGCCGGUGGAAGAAACGACCGAAAUCAUCAAUGGUAGUUUGACUAUUGAUGCGUCCGGAAACGGCGCUGAUGCAAUGACUGCUUCUAUGAUCGCAAAACGUAUCACUACGGAGGAAGAAGCAAAGGCUGCCCUUGCCGAGCGUCGUCGUUUGGCACGCGAAGAAGCCGAACGACAGGCGGAACUGGAACGCAAACGUAUCGAGGCCGAAGAGCAGGCCGAACGUCAACGUAUCCUGGAAGAAGAGGAACGCUUGCGAAAGUUGGAGGAGGAAACGAUCCGGCUAGCCGAAGAGCAACGUCGCAUGGAGGAGGAAAGGCUCCAGCAGGCUAUCGAGGAAGCGCGCCGACGAGAUGAGGAGGAACGCAAACGGCGCGAAGACGAAGCUCGACAAAAGGCUGAGCGCGAGGAAGCCGAACGAAAGGCGCGCGAGGAAGCCGAACGGCAGCGCGUCGAGAUGGCUGAGCGGUUGAAAAAGGAGGAAAAGGAACGGGAGGAACGCCGGAAGCGCGUUGAAGCAAUCAUGUCCCGCACCAGAGCGAAGGGAGCGGCAAACAGUACGCCGACAAAGAAUAACGAAGACGACAAGGAAAAUGCCAUGUCCAAGAGCCAGAUUGUACUUUCGUCCACGCCGGCUGCCCUACCUACCGGUACUGCCAUGUCCGCAUCUACCAUAUCGAUGACCGAUUCGUUUAUUGCUUCCGAACUUCGACAAGAGCAGCAGCAACAGGUUCAGCAGCACCAGUCGCUAGAACAGGCCAUGGAGUCGCUGUCGCUGAGCAACAACAAUAACAAUAAUGGCAACAGCAGUAAUAGCAGUAGUAGCAGCGAAACAUUAGCCCAUAGUAGCGCCAUUAACAACAUCAACAACAAUAACAACAGUAGCAAUGGCGAUAACGUUCAGUUCGAAAAGUCCGUGACGGAGAAGGAAAACUUGCUGCUGACCAGCAGUACCGGUGCUACCGUGGUGGCGAACAACAAUCUCAACAACGGUAGCACCAGCAAUGGCACCGUCGUCGAAUCGACCACUAACGCGGAAGGUGCGAAUAGUGGCACGAAGGGUGAAUCGAUCGUACUAACGACGAACGGCAAAACGGAACAACAGUCGUCGGCGAUGAUGGCGAACAGCAAUGGCAGUAAUGCCACAGCCAACAGCACCUCGGACCUAAUCAUCGAGGAUGCGCUGAUGGGCCAAACUAACGGACAUAAGAACGGCACCAUGGACAAUGUGUUUGCCGUGAAUGAUUUAAUGAAGGCGGAUAAUGUUCCGAUGGAAUUGAACGAAUUCAUCAGCCCGAAAAAUGGUGAUCAUCACCUGAACGGUGAUGACAGCUAUCCUUCCAUAGUCGACCGGAACGCUACCGGAGGUGAAAAGCAGCAUUCUUCGAUCGAUUCUUCUGGCACUGCCUCAACUGUGACGACAGAAACUACCAUCGUUACAGCGGGCGGUGCGAGCACCACUGCAGAUCCGUUGAUAGAUUUCGCUAGCUUUUCCAUCAGUGACGAUCUGGGUCAAGCAAUCCCCCGCGAAGGAAGCGUCAGCGAUGCCAACUUUAAUCCGCUCACCCCGUUUGAUACUGCCGACAGCGUGAAUGUGACUGUAGUGCAGCAUAAUGCUACCCUUGAUGUAAAUAAUGCGUCCAACAACAAUAGUAUUAACCCGUUCUUCUCGAGCAAUGAGCACAUCACCUAUCCCGUGCAUGAUGGAAGCGAUCGUGAAUGUAGCGACAACCACGCGACGGAAGCCGUACUAUUUGAUCUAGCCCUUGAUAAUACCACCAGCACUACCACUAGCAGUUCCUUUUUUAACAACAAUAACAAUACACCAUCCAACAACACUCCGUGGCUAGUCUCAGCGACAUCCGACGGUCAAGAUAAUCGAGGUAAAUAG